AAGAAGCUUUACUGUUUCUCUGCAAAUUUAUCACUAAAACCAUUAAUCUCUAUCUCUCUCUGUCUCUUUCACUUCCCUCUUUUUUCCCCUGGAACGGUUUUUUUGUCUUCCUCUUCUCUCUCAUCUUCUUCUUCUUCUUCUUGUGUUUGCUUCUUCUCUGGUUUCAGUAUCUUCAUGCAUUGAAGAAACUUUAAAUUCUCUUGUCCGAAAAAAGAAGACGAAAGGAUUAAUUUUUUUUUAAUCACAGUAAAGAAAAAAAGAAAAUGGAGCAAGAGAAAAGCUUGGAUCCACAACUAUGGCAUGCUUGUGCAGGAUCAAUGGUACAAAUCCCUUCAGUGAAUUCAACGGUCUUCUACUUCGCUCAAGGCCACACCGAACACGCUCACGCGCCUCCCGAUUUCCACGCGCCGCGCGUCCCUCCUUUGAUCCUCUGCCGCGUCGUCGCCGUUAAGUUCCUCGCCGACGCAGAAACGGACGAGGUCUUCUCCAAAAUUACGCUCCUGCCACUCCCGGGAAACGACCUGGAUCUAGAAAACGACGCCGUUCUCGGUCUAACUCCGUCUCCUGACGGUAACGGACCUAACGGUAACGAGAAACCGGCGUCUUUCGCCAAAACGCUGACGCAAUCCGACGCUAAUAACGGCGGCGGUUUCUCCGUCCCGCGUUACUGCGCCGAGACGAUUUUCCCGCGGCUUGAUUACACGGCGGAGCCACCGGUACAGACCGUAAUCGCCAAAGAUAUCCACGGCGAGACAUGGAAAUUCCGGCAUAUCUACAGAGGAACGCCUCGCCGUCAUCUCUUGACCACCGGUUGGAGCACUUUCGUCAACCAGAAGAAAUUAAUCGCCGGCGACUCAAUCGUCUUCCUCCGCUCCGAAUCCGGCGACCUCUGCGUCGGGAUCCGCCGCGCUAAACGCGGAGGUCUCGGAUCUAACGGCGUAGGAUCCGACAACAAUAACAUUCCUUACCCUGGAUUCUCCGGUUUCCUCCGCGACGACGAGACAACAACCUCGAAGCUGAUGAUGAUGAAACGCAGCGGCGGAAACGGGAACGACGCGAACGCGGCGGCGGGAGGAGGGAGGGUUAGAGUCGAGGCAGUGGCGGAAGCGGUGGCGCGUGCGGCGCGUGGACAAGCUUUCGAGGUGGUUUACUACCCUAGAGCUAGCACGCCGGAGUUUUGCGUGAAAGCUUCCGAUGUGAGAUCAGCAAUGAGGAUAAGAUGGUGUAGUGGCAUGCGUUUUAAAAUGGCGUUUGAAACAGAGGAUUCUUCAAGAAUCAGUUGGUUCAUGGGAACCGUCUCCGCCGUUCAAGUCGCUGAUCCAAUUCGUUGGCCUAAUUCCCCUUGGCGUCUCCUUCAGGUAGCUUGGGACGAACCGGAUUUGUUGCAAAACGUGAAACGCGUAAGCCCAUGGCUAGUGGAAUUGGUAUCGAACAUGCCAACAAUCCAUCUCUCUCCUUUCUCACCAAGAAAGAAGCUGAGGAUUCCACAGCCUUUCGAGUUCCCAUUCGACGGUACAAAGUUCCCGUUUUUCGCCAAUAACAAUGGCGAAUCAAUGUGUUAUCUGUCAAACGACAACAACAACAAUGCUCCUGCAGGGAUACAGGGAGCCAGGCAAGCUCAACAACUCUUCGGAUCACCAUCUCCGUCUUUGUUGUCUGAUCUCAACAAUCUCAAUAGUUACUCUGCUGUUAACAAGUUACACCAAUCUUCUUCUCCGGCGAUGUUUCUCUCCGGUUUUAACCCGAGGCAUCAUCAUUACGAUAACAUUGUUUUGUCUCGUCAGGGUCGGGAUACAGAGUUUAACAACAACAACAACAUUUCUUGUUCUUUGACGAUGGGGAAUCCUGGUUUAGUUCAUGACAAGAAGAAGUCCGGUUCGGUUAAGACUCAUCAGUUCUUGCUGUUUGGUCAACCUAUUUUGACUGAACAGCAAGUUAUGAACCGGAAACGGUCUUUGGAAGAAGAGGCGGAAGCGGCGCAGGAGGAGAAAACUGGUUCAUGGAAUUACGGUUUGCAAGGACUCGAGACCGGUCAUUGUAAAGUUUUCAUGGAAUCUGAGGAUGUUGGACGCACGCUUGAUCUCUCGGUUAUUGGUUCGUACCAAGAGCUAUACCGGAAAUUAGCUGAGAUGUUUUGUAUAGAAGAGAGGUCUGAUUUGUUGACCCAUGUUGUGUACCGGGAUGCAAAUGGUGUUAUCAAACGCAUUGGAGACGAACCUUUCAGUGAUUUUAUGAGAGCGACGAAGCGGCUAACGAUUAAGAUGGACAUUGGUGGUGACAAUGUGAGAAAGACGUGGAUAACCGGGAUUAGGAAUGGUGAAAAUGGUAUAGACUCUUCUACUAAGACCGGUCCUCUCAGCAUCUUCGCCUGAAGCAUUGAAUGGCCUUUGUUUUGAUACUAGUUUUAUUUUCUUGUCUUCUAAUCUCUUUUUCCCUAUUUUAUCUCUUUUUUUUUGCUUGUAUUUUGGGUUCUAAUCUUCUGCGUGGAACAAACUAUUUCCAAGUUUCAAGAAAUUCCUCAAAUUGGUAUUUGAGUUAUUUGUUUGGGUUUGUAA